CCUGUAGUACAUUGGAGCGAUAUUCACGUUGUGGGUGAAAUAAAGCGUACAGACAAAAAUGACAACGUAAACACGGAUCUAGAACUGGCGGGAUAUGUUCGUGAAAUUUUUGGCAAUCAACCAACUAGAAGGUUUGUUUUUGGGUUUACGAUAUACGGGGCAUCAAUCCGUAUUUGGCUUUUUGAUCGUUCAGGAGGCAUUGGCUCCCAUGCUUUUAGCAUACAUAAAGAU